CAGCCGCCGGCCUCCAUGAUGGAGGAGCGAGCGGCCCCCGCCGCCGCCGCCGCCGCAGCCGCCGCCGCCACUGCCCCCGCCCCCGCCUGCCGCCCACCAGCCCCCAGCCCCGCCAAGGGCGGCGGCGGCGGCGGCGGCGGGGGCGGGGCUGGCGGGGGCAGCCCCGGGGCAGGCCCCGAGCCGCUGAGCCUGCCCGGCAUCCUGCACUUCAUCCAGCACGAGUGGGCGCGCUUCGAGGCGGAGAAGGCGCGUUGGGAGGCCGAGCGGGCCGAGCUGCAGGCCCAGGUGGCUUUUCUCCAAGGGGAAAGAAAGGGACAAGAGAACCUUAAGACAGACCUGGUGCGACGGAUCAAAAUGUUAGAGUUUGCACUGAAGCAAGAACGAGCCAAAUAUCACAAACUGAAGUUCGGGACUGAACCGAACCAAGGAGAGAAGAAGUCAGAGCUGCUGGAGCAAGUCCCCAAUGGACCGGUGGAGCCAGUCUCCUUGGAGAGCAGCCAGCUGGUGUGGAAGGAAGGCCGGCAGCUGCUCCGACAGUACCUGGAGGAGGUGGGCUACACAGACACCAUUUUGGACAUGCGUUCUAAGCGUGUGCGCUCACUGCUGGGCCGUUCCAUGGAGCUGAAUGGUGUGGCUGAACCCAGUGACGGAGGUCCUGGGGGACUUCCUACAGGGGAGUCAGUGCUGGCCAAGCAGAUUGAAGAGCAGAUCAAAAGGAAUGCAGCAGGGAAGGAAGGCACGGAGCGGCUGGGCAGCUCCGUACUGGAGAAGAUCCCCUUCCUGCAGAAUUGUGAGGAUGAAGACAGCGAUGAGGAAGAGGAGCUGGAGAGUUUGCAACCGAAGAAGCAGCGUGUCAAGUUGUCAUCUAAGCCCCUGGUACCAGAAAUGGAUGAAGAAGAUGAUGAUGAAGAUUCCGAGGAUGCCAUCAGCGAGUUUGACUUUCUAGGCUCUGGGGAGGAUGGGGAAGGGUCUGCUGACACACGCCGCUCUGGGGAUGGCACCGAGCUGGAGAGUCGGCGGGUGAAACUGCAGGGCAUGCUGGCUGAUCUUCGCGAUGUCGAUGGGCUGCCCCCGAAAGGGACUGGCCCACCCCCUGGCACACCACAGCCCCGACCCCACGAUGCUUCCCUUGGCUUCUCCUCUGAUGUCUUCAUUAUGGACACAAUUGGGGGUGGAGAGGUGAGCCUGGGGGACUUGGCCGACCUCACCGUCACCAACGACAACGACCUCAGCUGUGACCUCUCUGACAGCAAAGAUGCCUUUAAGAAGACCUGGAACCCCAAGUUCACCCUCCGCUCCCACUACGAUGGCAUCCGCUCACUGGCCUUCCAUCACAGUGAGUCGGCUCUGCUCACAGCCUCUGAGGAUGGCACCCUGAAGCUCUGGAACCUGCAGAAGACUGGGACGGCCAAGAAGAACGCUGCUCUGGACGUGGAGCCUAUCCACGCCUUCCGGGCCCACAGGGGCCCCGUGCUGGCCGUGGCCAUGGGUAGUCACAGCGAGCACUGCUACAGUGGCGGGGCGGACGCCCGCAUCCACUGCUGGAGAAUCCCUGACCUCCACAUGGACCCUUACGAUGGCUACGACCCCGGUGUGCUGAGCAGCGUGCUGGAGGGCCACGGGGAUGCCGUGUGGGGCCUGGCUUUCAGCCCGACCUCGCACCGUCUGGCCUCGUGCUCUGCGGAUGGCACCAUCCGAAUCUGGAACCCCAGCGGCGACAGCCCUGCCUGCCUGUGCACUUUCCACACCGCCAGCGAGCACGGGAUCCCCACCUCAGUGGCCUUCACCAGCACGGAGCCGGCCCAAGCCGUCGCGUCCUUCCGCUCGGGCGACACCGUCCUUUACAACCUAGAGACCGGCAGCGCCCUCCUCACCCUGGAAUCUCGGGGCAACAGCGGUCCUACCCAGAUCAACCAGGUGGUGAGCCACCCCAACCAGCCCCUCACCAUCACUGCCCACGACGACAGAGGCAUCCGAUUUCUGGAUAAUCGGACAGGUAAAUCUGUGCAUUCCAUGGUUGCCCACCUUGAUGCUGUGACCUGCCUGGCCGUCGACCCCAACGGCGUGUUCCUGAUGUCCGGAAGCCAUGACUGCUCCCUGCGCCUCUGGAGCCUGGACAACAAGACCUGUGUGCAGGAGAUCACGGCGCACCGCAAAAAGCACGAGGAAGCCAUUCACGCCGUGGCCUGCCAUCCCAGCAAGGCGCUCAUAGCCAGCGCUGGGGCCGAUGCCCUGGCCAAGGUGUUCGUAUGACACCUGGUGUAAGCCCGCCCCCGGGAGCGGGGUGGGGGGGAGUGGGGGGUCGGGCGCUGCUGCUCUACGCCACUCCUGCCCAGGGUCUCCUGUUUUCCAGCCAGUGGGGGAGUGAGAUGCCUCAGCUCCCUGAGCCUCAUGGUGCUAAGAGCUGUGGGGCCCGCCCUCUUCUCCAUCCCCUUCCCCUUCUGCCCCCCUCCCGCCCCGGGCCUGGACUCUCCCCAAGGGGCCUGGGCAUCGGGUGGGGGUUCCGGACCCUUCGUCUGCCUCACUGUCCCCUUUCUGGGGCGGCAGAGCCCGACUAGGCAGGGAGGGGGAGGACCCUUGGGAAUCCCGCCCUUCCCCCACGGACGCUUUGGGGGGAGGAGUGGGAGGGUGGACACAACUUGCCCCCCUGCCCCCCCUCCAACUCGGAUAAACACACUGCAGACACUAGCUCCUUCCUUGACCCAGAAGCAUUGACUGCCCAGAGGAUGCCUCCUUCCCUCCCCGGGCUCCGGCCAGGGGCCCAUGGAGGGUGGAGGAGCCGGGGGUCUAGCCUGGCCCGGGAGGAACGUUGGGCUGGGGCUCGGAGCCCUCCUUGCCCCAGCCCUCCUUCACACUGUACAUUCUGUAUAAAUCAAUACAAUUUUAAAUGGAAGCCCAGCCCCUCCCCCUCCCCAGCCCUGGUUGUUAUCACUGUGUGAUAGUCUGUCGGUCUGUCCCCUGCCCCUAGGCAGGGCUCCUAAGCCUUUCUUUGUAUAUUUAUUUCACUCUCAGUUUCAGCUCGAGCCCGCUCCUGCCCCCAGCCCUGCCCUCCCCCUCUUCGUAUGUGAAAACCCGCCUCAAUAAACCUUUUUGAAUAAGA